CAGUGGACACACAGAGGAUGGUGUAUUUUUGGAAACAAACUAACGGACCUCGGGACAGACUGAAUACCACCGUGUCGUGAUUAAAACAAAGCUGUGUUUAUUAAACGAGCUCCGGUCAAGACUGGACUCCGAGCAAAGGCGAAAGCAGAUGUAGAUCAGCAGAUGGACGGAGCAAGUCGGGAACAAAACAAACCGUGUCACCCGGACUACAUGAGAGGCUGAAUCAUUCUCAGGCUAACCAGCCAGCGGACACUUGAGUUGGGUUGUAAUGUUAUAUGAAGGUAACAAACAUUCAGUAGCUAAUCUGCCGAAGACUCGUGUGCUUAAUUUCUAACUGUUAUCAAGCAUGUUACAUGUUACCAUGGUAGUGUAGAGUUACACAAGCGUUGUCCGUUACACUAGCAAGUUAGCAAGCUAAUGUUAGCCGUAGCUAACGUUACCCUUAUUUGAACUGCCUGAGCUGUUGAAAGGCUAGCUUACAAACUGUACUGAUUUUGCGAGGCUGCGUUCGUUUCGUACGGUGUUUACGACAAGUAGCUCGUCAGUUGGGAGCGACCUUAAGAAUGUGAAGCACAAUGGCCAACUUUGAAGCUUACCAGGAGUAUCAGAGGAUUGAGGACUUUGAGGAGGAUUCCCCACCAGGGGAGGAGGAUUUACUGGUACAUGUGCCCGAAGGCCUGAAAGACUCAUGGCACCAUAUCAAGAACCUGGAUAACUUCUUCACAAGGAUCUAUCAUUUUCACCAAAAGAAUGGCUUUGCUUGCAUGAUGUUGUCAGAGUGCUUUGAACUUGUUCAGUUUUUGUUUGUUGUCACAUUCACAACGUUCCUUGUCAACUGUGUGGAGUAUGAUGUCCUGUUUGCCAAUCGAGCGGUCAACCACACCGGGCCGGGCCAUAGCCCCUUGGACAGGAACAAGGUCACUCUUCCAGAUGCUAUCCUACCUAGCCAGCAGUGCACUCAGAGCAUCCAAGAGAACAGCUGGAUUAUAUUCCUUCUCAUCAUGGCAGCCAUAUUUUGGUUAUAUCGACUUGUUAAAGUCUUUUGUAAUGUUCUGAGCUACUGGGAGAUCAGACAGUUCUACAUUAAAGCACUGAAGAUCAGAAUGGAUGAACUAUGCAACGUAACAUGGCAGGAAGUCCAGGACCGGCUCAUCAGCCUGCAGCGAGAACAGCAAAUGUGCAUACACAAGAAAGAGCUGACAGAGCUCGACAUCUAUCACCGCAUCCUGCGUUUCAAGAACUACAUGGUGGCUAUGAUAAACAAAUCACUGCUGCCUGUGCAGCUGCAGCUCCCCCUGCUGGGCAAUGUGGUGUUUCUCACCCAGGGCCUCAAGUACAACUUUGAGCUCAUCCUCUUCUGGGGUCCUGGCUCCCUGUUUCAGAAUAAGUGGAACCUGCACCCCAAGUACAAGCGGAAUGGAAACCGCCUGGAGCUCGCACAGCAGCUUAGUAGAGUCAUCCUGCUCAUGGGUUUGGCCAACUUACUGCUUUGUCCCUUCAUCCUGGUGUGGCAGGUGCUCUACGCAUUCUUCAGCUAUACUGAAGUGAUCCGCAGAGAACCUGGAAGCCUGGGUGCACGACGCUGGUCCCUGUAUGGUCGUCUGUACCUGCGGCACUUCAAUGAGCUGAACCACGAGCUGCAUGGACGUUUAGGCCGUGGCUACAAACCCACUUCCAAAUACAUGAACUCCUUCACAUCACCGCUGCUGACUGUGCUGGCUAAGAACAUUGCCUUCUUCUCAGGCUCAGUGUUGGCUGUGCUCAUUGCACUGACAGUCUACGAUGAGGAUGUUCUGACAGUGCAGCACAUUCUGACCGCUAUCACUGUGCUAGGGGUUGUUAUUACUAUCACCAGGUCCUUCAUCCCAGAUGAGCAUAUGGUGUGGUGUCCAGAACAGCUGUUGCAGUGUAUGCUGGCACACAUUCACUACAUGCCAGACCACUGGAGGGGCAAUGCUAACAAGAGCGAGACCCGUGACGAGGUGGCGCAGCUGUUCCAGUACAAAGCGGUGUUCAUCUUGGAGGAGUUGCUCAGCCCUAUUGUCACACCCUUCAUUCUCAUCUUCCUCCUGAGGAAUAAGUCUCUAGAGAUCAUUGACUUCUUCAGGAACUUCACUGUGGAGGUGGUUGGAGUCGGAGACAUCUGUUCAUUUGCUCAGAUGGACAUCAGACGUCAUGGAAACCCAACAUGGAUGUCAGAGGGUCAAACAGAAGCUUCCAUAUACCAACAGGCCGAAAAUGGCAAGACAGAGUUGUCUCUUAUGCACUUCACCAUUAAGAACCCACGCUGGCAGCCGCCUCAGGAGAGCUCAGUGUUUAUCAGCCAUCUCAAGGAAAAGGUGCAGCACGACGCACAGGGCGGCCCCUCCACCCAGCUGCUGCUCUCUGAGGCUCCUCUCUGCACCUCGCUGCAGUCUAACGAGUCUGCCACUGGGCCUGAUAAUCUCUUGGCAAGUGUCCUGGCCCACCCAGUUCUAACUGCGUCAGGACUACAAGGGCGAGACCAUCGCUUCAUCCCGCCAAGCACCGCUGCUUCUGCUGCUGCCAGUGUCCUGGCCUCUCUUUCCACCUCUCAGCUCUCACAUCCCAGCCGCGGCCGCUCACAAGGCCUCCUGCCCUCAUCCGUCCACCCCGAGAGCACCAUGUACCGCAGCGAUCGCACCAUCAUCGACAGUAUGACUAACAGUGACUCUCGCAUCCGGAGCAAUGCCCUGCACUCAGAGUUUGCCUCAGCAGAGAUGAGUCUCCAUGCAAUCUAUCUGCAUGAGCUUCACCAGCAGAGCUCCCACCCACAGAGAACUUCUGGCCAGUGGCAGAACCCAGUUCCAAUGAGAGAUCUGCACACAAACACUGGUUUCCAGGCACACAGUGGCCUUGGUUCCAGCAUUUCCAUGCCCACCCCUGUCCACCUCGGGCGCUGGCAAGAGGAGGAGGAAGAGGAGGACGAAGACGAUCAGGAGAUUAACAGUGGAUCUACUCCAAAACAGGGCACUGGGAGUGGUUGUUGAAGUGCCUUAUGUCAUAAGUGUUUACAUUUUACUUUCUUCUAUGAACAUUGUGGCCUUAGAUGAUCUUCAUGGAGAAUUUAGCACGGACCUUUAAAACAUCAUUCAGCGUUUGUUGUGGGAGGGGCUCAUUGAAUAACCACUGUCUCUGCACCUCCACGCCUCAUCCUGUCACACCAGGCAGACUAUGGCAUCAGGGAAACCAUAAGUCUUCCGUCCGUUUCAUCCUUAUUUUGUCUUGUACAGACAAACUGCAUGAAAAGUGACAGAGAGACAAUAUAGUGUGUUCACAGCAUCACUGUGUGACGGUGGGUGUGGCCAGUUUUUAUUGUGGAAUGCAAACGGCUCAUCUUGACUUCUGCUGAGUUUUACAGCGCGAGUCUAAUUGAAGUUCCUCGCAGAGUGGUGUCUUGAUCUGUGCUACAAAGACUGCAAACUGUAUUUUAGCUGCCUGAACAAUUACGAUCACCUGAAAAAAAUUAAUUCAAUAUUUCAAGUUGUGCUAUUGGACCCUGGUGAUUUGUAUAUACACUUUUGCGUCUUACUUAUCCUUUUUAAAAAGUCCGCAUUUUUACUACCAGAUCUAUUCCUUGAAAAAGAUACCAAGUAUUGCUAUGAUAAAGAGCUGACUGUACAGUCGCCAUACUACUAAAACACCAUGUGUAACUGGCAAAAGCCCCAUUGGGUUCGACAGAAUAUAUCGUUAAACCAGAUGUACACAUGCUUUGAUGCUGCUGUCUGUGUUUAGUGGUCCUAAAUACAGAUUUUAUUCAGUAUUAAUAUUUCCACAGCUGAUGUAUCAAGACAUUACUGUUCCUGAAGAACAGGAUGGAAAUCAUGGGCCUCAAAUACACUUGGCAUCAAAAUCUGAUGCAGAUAUAAGAUGUCUUUUUAAGUCUAUUUAAGCUGGACACAAAGUCAGCUAUAUGCCUUAACACCAACGUAAAAAACAUAUGUAUUGAAUCCUAGUUUUCCGUAUUACCUCAGUGGUGGUGAAGAAAAACUAAUACUCCAACCGAUACCUCCGCAGUGUAUUUACUCUUGUGUAAAUAUAUGUACAGUACAUAGAAGUUUAUUUGCAGUGCACAGGUGCAUCUUUUAACUGCAUUAUGAUUUUAAUGGCAGGUGUAAAUGGGAAUCUGUUCCAUUUUUCUUAUUUCUUGCCCAGUGGAUGUUUUGAGUCAAAGCAUUGAUGUCCCAGAAAUUUUGAUCACAAAACAGGGUGGUAUUGCUUCUACAAAUCUUUGUUGUGCACAUUGACAUGUGGUUUGUGUCCUUUUUUUCCAAACUGCUCACAUAAAAAUGUCAUGUCAUAAGGGCUGAUUUCAGAGUGUAAGAUGUCGGGUUUAGGUUUGAGGAUUUGAGGACAACAGUUCCUCUCAGUGUUGGCUUCAUACUUUCAAAGUAAGAGCAGAAGGAGAAUAAAGCCUUUCCACAGUCACCAUAAUUUCUUAGCUGUAGCUUUAUUUAUGUAGAUUUAUUCCCUGUCACCACCCCCCCCCCCCCCCAGAUAUUUAAUUGAUAUGUGUAUUAUUUAUUUGAAAGUUGAUAUUUUGAUUGUCUCAUCAAAUCAUUUACUUUCACAAAAGUUUCUAAUCUUGUUGAUGAAAGAAAUAGCAUGUGCCCCCCUCUAAAAAGUAAAAAACCAAACAAUUUUUGAUUUUGAAAUUCUGAUGAAAAGGAUUUAUUAAUGCAACAUGGCCAGCAGCAUGAUGUUGAAUGUGAUUUACACUUACAAUAAACUCAGACUAAAUCUGCUUGUUGACGCAGUGCGCAAAAUAUCUUUCUACCCAUUUUUUUUAUUGCAUUCUUCAUAGAUCACAGCAAUAUAGAUCUCAACCUCCACGACUGCAAGACUUCAGAGGGUACAAAUGUGUGUUUGCCCUCAUCUGUGUUAAGAAGCUAUUGUGCGUUCUUUAUGCGUGUGUCUGUGGAAGGAAGGUGUUUUGACACCUGCGUAAUUAUGCUAACAUUUUUUUUUUUUGCACUGACAGAAAAUGAACCUUUUUUUUUUUUUUAAUCUGUGCAUAUAUACAGCACUUGCAGCAGUUGAGAUUUUAGAAAGGGCAGGUCUCAAAAAGGGACGCUGAGUCAGUCUCCAUCCAGAGUGACCUCUUCUCAUUGUUUGUAUAUAAGCAUCAGCACGUAUUGUAUCGUCACUGUCCACAGCUGACCACCUGGACACACUGUGGCCAGAUCACAUAAGGUCGUUCUUACCUCUGGUCAGUAACAGUUCACCCUGUAGGGCAUGAUGUGUGUUUCUGUCACACUGUUAAAUAUGCUUACAUGCGUAUUGUGGUCACUGUCUAAUUGUGCAGUGAGUUUAUUAUUGUAGAGACACUGGAGCUCAGCUUUGUGCACAGAGUUGAUUUCUUUUGAUGGUCUCCACAGUUACACCUCACUGUUCUGUUGGUCAUUUUAUUUUAAGCAGUGCCUUAGUAUUAAGGUUAAGUAUUUGCUCAUCAUAGAAGCCAUUUCAUGUCAACUGUUGGAUUUACAGUCACAGAUUUAGCAGCACACACUAUGUACAGUAUUUUUUUUUUUUGACAAGUCAUUGUGUAUAGCAUCAAGUAUGUCGUGAAGUUGUGGAUGUGGCUUGUAAGAUGUGUCAGUCUGUUGCGUCUGACAGCACACUUCUUCUUAUCAUGGUGUGUUAAAUUGCACUGUCCUCAAUAUUCUAAAGAAGCAGGAGCAUGCCUUGUAAUUGGCAGCGUCAUCAUGGCCAACCUUCUCACCGUACAAUGGGUUCUUAUCCACUAUACACCAGUCGAAGAAUCACAGUGACUGGAACAAGGUGCUAAGUUUUCAUCCUGAAAUGUUGAAUAUGUUUUAAGGCAUUUUGUUUUUUGUUACAUAGGUUUGUCUGGUUUUGUUCUGAGUUGAGAAACACUAGCUGAAAAUUGAAACAUGCCAAAAGAACCUUUUUUUUUUUCAGCACAGCUUUACAAUACACGUGUUGUUUUUUUGUGAGUGAGUAGAGAUGCAAAUAAAUCUUAUUUUGAGUGUA